UUAAGCUAAAUAUGACAUCGCUAUAAUGAAGUGGUUUUUGUUGUUAUAAUAUUUCUUAAAAUAUGGAUAAUGUGAAUGCAAAUGUGUGCUCCCUUGACGGUGCCGGGAUGCCGCUUAAUAUUGAUAGGUCACCUGUGUCUGGAAAUAAUUCGGAUAUGUUUUUGUAUGAUGAUUCGUCGAUGUCCGACGGCAGUUUAUAUGCUAGUGAUCAAGAAAAUCACUCAACCCCAAGAAAACGUUCGGAGUGCCGUCGGUUGCACAAGCGGCGAAGUCGGUGUCCUCAACAACAGAUACAGCAACGACAAGCCGCGAACCUCCGGGAGCGACGGCGGAUGCAGUCCAUCAACGACGCCUUCGAAGGCCUUAGAGCCCACAUACCCACCCUGCCAUACGAGAAACGUUUGUCCAAAGUAGACACGCUCAAGCUGGCCAUUGGAUACAUCAGUUUUCUUGGAGAACUGGUCCGGACGGAUAGAAACUCAUCAGACACAAUGCUGACGGGCGUAAGCAAUAGUCACAACAAAGAAGAACAAAAGAAAGUAAUUGUGAGAGCACGUCAAAUAUUCGACGCUACAGGAAUUCCUACGGUCGAAGUCGACAUGGUAACGGAACUGGGAUUGUUUCGGGUUGGUGUUCCUUCGACGGAUACAAAGAAAAUUGCUGAAUCAGUACAGUUGCGAGAUAAUAACCCAUCUGAGUACUUUGGUAUGGGCGUAUCAUCAGCCGUGAAGAACAUCAAUACUAUUAUUGCUCCGGAGCUCAUAAAACAAAAUCUGGAAGUGACAAUGCAGAAAGAAAUAGAUCAGUUCAUGAUCGCACUUGAUGGCACUGAAAACAAAUCUAGACUCGGGUCUAAUGCUAUAAUGGCGGUUUCUCUCGUUAUCGCCAAGGCGGGAGCUGCCAAAAAAGGAGUUCCUUUAUACAGGCAUAUUUCCGACAUGGCUGGCGUGACUAGUAUCAUAUUGCCUGUGCCGCAUUUAGUUGUCUUGACUGGAGGUAUCCUUGCUUCAAAUGGGCUCCCAUUUCAAGAAUACAUUAUCAUGCCCACAGGUGCGUCUUCCUUUGCUGAAGCUAUGCGCAUUGGAACAGAAAUAUACCUCUACGUUAAAAAUAUCAUCAAAACGAAAUAUGCAGUUGAGUGUACGUAUGUUAGCAAUUCCGGAGGAUUUGCAAUUCCUCUAGAAAGUCACAGGGAUGCAUUAUUAUUUUUAACAGAUGCCAUUAAACAGUGCGGAUUUGUUGGUAAAGCAGAGAUUGCUAUUAACGCUUCUGCAUCAGAUUUAUUCAAAGAUGGCGCUUACGACUUAGAAUUUAAAAACCCCAAUUCGAAUCCUCAAGAAUACAUGUCAUCGGAUAAAUUAGCCGAGGUAUAUUUAGACAAUAUGAAAGAAUUUCCUGUCUGCUCCGUAGAAGAUGCUUUUGAUUAUGACGACUGGGCAGCGUGGUCGACAUUGUCUGGGCGGACACAGUCGCAGAUUUUUGGUAAUGACCUGACCCAAACGAAUUUGCGCAGGGUCGGCUUGGCCGUUGAAAAGAAGGCCGGAAAUGCAAUUGCACUGAGAAUAAAUCAGGCCGGUACACUAACAGAGGUAAUUGAGGCGUUUAAGUUGUUAAAGUCAAAUGGAUUCGGUGUCGUUGUGUGUGAUCGAUGGGGAGACACCGAUGAUUUAUUUUUAGCUGACCUUGUUGUUGGUUUAUCGGCAGGUCAGGUAAAAUGUGGAGCUCCGGCUCGCGGUGAACAUAUUGGAAAAUAUAAUCAAAUCCUCAGAAUCGAGGAGGAAUUAGGGGCUUUAUCAAAAUAUGCUGGCAAAAACUAUCGAGUACAAGUUUGA